UGCUAAAGCAAAUUGUGCUAUUAAGGUAUACUCCAUUCCAUAUGAUUAUUUUAUUAUUUGUUUGUUUUUUUCCGAUUUUGUUUUUCGAUACUUGAUUCAUGACUUGUUUCUGAAUAGAUUUUUGUUUUUUAUUUUAAAUAAUCAAAAUUAAAGACUUGCAUUUAAUUAUAUUUAUUAAAUAAAAUGCAAUUGAAAUUCAAUUUAAUCGCUGCGGCAUGUGGUGAUAACCUAGGGAUUGGAAUAAAUGGACGUUUACCAUGGAAACUUAAAAGCGAAAUGGAAUAUUUCACAGAAAUGACAACUAAAACUAAAGAAAGUAAUAAAAAAAAUGUUGUCAUAAUGGGACGAGUAACGUGGGAAUGUAUACCAAAAAAGUUCAAACCACUGCGAAAUCGAGUAAAUGUUGUUCUAUCACGUCAAAAAUUAGAUCUUGGAAAUGAAGCGAUUGUGUGUGAAAAUUUAUCACAUGUAUUGGAUACCAUUGCUCAACCUGAUCUCAAUAAAAUUAUUGAGAAUAUUUGGGUAAUUGGUGGUAAUGCUGUUUACAAAUCAGCCAUGGAGCACCCUAAUUGUUCUCGUAUAUAUUUAACUUACAUUCAAAAAAAUUUUGAGUGUGAUACGUUUUUUCCACCCAUACCGAACAACUUUAUUGAAAUUGAUGAUCCUGAUGUUCCAAAAGGUGUUCAAGAAGAGAAUGGACUCCAGUUUAACUACAAAGUUUAUGAAAGAAUAUAAAUAAACAGAACCUUAAAUUUUAUAAACAAUCAUGCAAAGUUAAUAUGUUUUAUCACUUUUGUAUUAUAAUUGUAUAAUAAAGAAAAAUAAAAAGCAUU